GGGAACCUCGUAGGUGAAAAUUCGAUGAUCUAGAUAAAACGCAUUAUUCAUUAUGAAAGCAGGAUGUAGCAUAGCGCCAUCGUUCGUCAACGUCUAACUUGAUGUGCCGAGCACCAAUGAACGUUGAUUUUUGAAACGAAUAAAGAGCGAAAUGAGCUAAAUUAUUUAUUUUUUUAUUUUUUUAUUUUUAAAAACUAAUCAUAUACAUCUUAAUUUUAGCCUGUUAUUUCUAAGGUGUUUUUAAUGCCAAAAGUUAACAGACGACGAAAUCAUAAUCGUGAUUUACUUAAAAGAAGAUGGUCAAAAAGAAGCAAAUCUCAAGAAUCAGCAAAGUCGUCAAGUGAUGAAGAAGAAAACUUUGAUAAUAAACCAAAUGAUAAUGUUGAUUUUAUUAAUUUUUUAAAUAAAUCUAUUGUGAAUGAUAUUGGAGAUCUUUUCGAAUUUUGCAAAGAAAAAAUAAACACUCGUUUUAUCAGUGUUCUCUUAUAUAUGUCUUUACGUCAUUUUGGUCAUUCUUGGAGAGAUAUUGAUGCAUUUUUAAGAACAAUUGGUGGUAUGACAGCAACAUCAGCUCAUAAAUGGUCAACUGUUUUAGUAAAUAAAGAUUUUGAUGAAUUUACAGCUGAAGAAAGAGGUGGGAAAAGAUUUGAUACAUUCUGGGAUUGUUAUCCAGAUUUAGAAUUGGAAGCAAGGCAAUUUGUAACAGAAGAAUGUUCAAAGACAGAAGCUUCAUUCACAGCUGAGAGUUUAGCUAGGUUUAUUGAUGCUCGCUUUUAUCAAUUGAAUAAUAUGAAGAAGGUUGAUUUGGAGUUAGUAAGAUCAGUUGGUAGUUGUAAACUGGAUUUACGUCGUUUUGGAGCAAAAUAUACAGCAAAUGUUGGAAGACCUUAUUACUUAGGACAUGAAAGAUCAGAUGUUAUAAAACACAGAGAACAAUUCGUUAAAUAUUUCCUCCAAAAUGAAGAUUGCUUUUAUACAAUCACAGAUGAUUCUUCACCACAAUGGAAAUUCCCAAAAGGUCGUGCAAUAGUUUUACUCUGCCAUGAUGAAAGUACUUAUAAAGCUGGAGAAGUAUCAGCAAAGAGAUGGAUGAUGUCCGACAAUGCAGCUUUUUACAACAAAGGCAAAGGUCGUAGUAUCAUGUGCUCAGAUUUUUUAAUUAUGCACCCCAGUGGUCCAUUUUUCUCAUUGACAGACAAAGAAUAUGCACAAGCAUUGAAGAAAUAUCCGCAACUGAAUGAUGAUAGUGAUAUAUUAUAUGAGAAAAACAGUGCUUCCGCAACCAUCAUCGUUGGUGGAGAGAGUUAUUUUGAUAAUCAAAAUAUACUCACCCAAUUUGAACGUCUCUUUCAAUUAUUGCCUUUUAAGAAGGAAUAUCAAAAUCAUAAUUUCGUCUGCUUAGUGGACAAUGCCAGGACGCACACAGCUGCUGAAUUGAGUGUUAAUGAUUUCGGAAUGAAACCUGGCACUAGAUGUCCUGUAGAUAAGAUUGAAUUUAUUGAUGAACAAAAUAAAAAACAAAUAAUUAAUUGUUACGAUAAUAGUGGACAAAGCAAAGGUUUACUAACUUUAGCAUAUGAAUUGAAUGUUGAUGUCCCAAAUGAUUACAGUCUUCAACAAUUGAAAUCUUUAUUGAGUGAACAUGUAGCCUUUAAAAAGAGGGGUAUUGGUGUCAUUCCAAGCAGUUUAUUAGGAAACACACCGAUCAAAGUUUUAACAAAUUAA